UUUUUUUCUUAGUCUUUCUUUCUCUUUCGUAUAUCUAUAAGCAUGAGUACUAACUGGACACCUCAAGACUGGAAGUCAAAGCCUAUUGUUCAAGAUGUUGUAUACGAAGACCAGGAGCACGUUGAGUGUGUUCUUAACAAAUUAAAGCGUUUACCACCCAUGGUAUCUACUGCCGAAAUUGAGAACUUGAAGAGCCAAUUAAAAGAUGCUGCUCUUGGCAAAUCUUUCUUGUUGCAAGGUGGUGAUUGUGCUGAGCUUUUUGAUUAUUGCUCACAGGACCCUAUUGAAGCCAAGAUAAAGGUUUUGCUUCAAAUGUCGCUUGUUCUAACCUGGGGUGCACGUACUCCUGUUGUUCGUAUUGCUCGUAUGGCUGGCCAAUACGCUAAACCCCGUUCUAAUCCUAUGGAGAUGUACGAAGGGAAAGAAAUUCAUUCAUUCAGAGGUGAUAAUGUCAAUGGAUUUAAUCCUUCUGACCGCAAGCCCGACCCAGAAAGAUUAUUAGGUGCCUAUUUCCAUUCAGCAGCUACCUUGAACUACGUUCGUACUUUGCUCGAUUCUGGAUUUGCAGAUCUACACGAGCCUUCAAAAUGGAACUUGAGCCAUGUACGCUCUGACAACGUCAAAAGAGAAUAUGAAGCCAUUGUGAACCAGUUGACAGACACCCUGGACUUUAUGCGAACCAUUGGUGCUGACAAUAAUCAUUCUUCUGCCUUAAAUUCCGUUGAUUUCUUUGUCUCUCAUGAAGCACUUUUAUUGGAUUAUGAAACUUCUUUGACCCGUUUGUUAGCAUCUCCCAUCACCAAGGAAAAGAAAUGGUACAAUACAGGUUCACACUUUUUAUGGAUUGGUGAUCGUACUCGCCAACCUGAUGGUGCGCACGUUGAAUACAUGCGCGGUAUCGAGAAUCCUAUUGGUAUCAAGGUCGGACCUAGUACAGUGCCUGAAAAUUUAGUUGCUUUACUUAAUUCCGUCAAUCCCAACAAGGAGAUUGGUAAAGUGACAUUAAUCACACGUUUUGGCGCAGAUAAGGUCGAACAGUUUUUGCCAAAACACAUUGAGGCCGUGCGUGAAUCAGGACACAUCCCUGUCUGGGUCUGUGAUCCUAUGCACGGUAACACCAAGACUGCUUCUUCUGGUAACCUCAAGACCCGUCAUUUUAUUGAUAUCAUCCAGGAACUAUCGCAAACAUUUAGAGUGCACAAAAACUGCAACAGUAAAUUGAACGGUGUUCAUUUUGAAUUAACAGGGGAUUCAGUUACAGAAUGUAUUGGUGGCUCAAUGGAUUUGAGAGACACUGAUUUGUCUACAAACUAUCAAACAUAUUGUGAUCCUCGCUUAAACUAUGAACAAUCACUUGAUGUUGCUUUCUUAAUAGCAAAAUACUAUGAAACUGAACGAAAGACAGGCGAUUUUCCAAAGAUAUAA